GCACAGCUAAGAAAGAAAAAAAUGUGUGCAGCUUAGUUAUUUGGACCACAACUGCUGGGAAUGAAAAAACAAUAAAAAUUGUAUGGUUGUUUGCAACAGAGUGAUAAGGUAAAACAAAGAUUAGGAGUUAGGCAGCUAUGUAAAACCUUAUUCCUUAUUGCAAUGUUUUAAUAUACAGGCAGUAAUUGAGCAUAUUCCCUAUGGCUGCCACAUGUGUCUGGGUAGUCACUGUGAGAAAGUAAAUGCAGCAGGGAUAUGCUCAGAUAAACCUGAGAUUUUACCAUUAAUGAAGGAAAAAAUAAAUAAGCAAGGAAAAAAUGGUACUAUGAUCAUAGAAAAAAAAUAAGCAAUUGCUAUUGUGUACAGAGUUAUGGUAAAACAGCAGGAUAUGAGGGAAUGAAAAUAAAAGUCACAGAAAAAUAACAGCAGCAACUGAGAUACUAAUCUUAGAGUAUAGCAGCAAAGUAAAAUACAGAGACUGGCUUACCCCUAACAGGACUGUUAUAAUGAUAGUUGCAAACACCGGGUUGUAAUGGCGACUUGCCAGAGGGAGCAGGGAAGCUCAGUAGCAGCUGGCUGAUGACGUCACAGCAUGAGGAAGUGGAGCUCAGUGAAACUUGAAUCCUAAGGCCGGUGAGCUGCAGGGGAAACUGAGUUAGAGGUAAAGGUAUGAAUGAGGCUUUUGAAAUAGCUGAAUCUUCUUGAGGGAGAAGCAGGCAGGAAGGAGAGGAUGACAACAAAAAUCCAGCUAGCAGGUGUAGAGGAAUCCAACAAACAGAAGUAGUAAGAGUACAAGUGGAAAACAGAGAUGUAAUGCCAGUAAACAAGGUUUCCCCGGUUUCUCAGGAAUAUGACAGAAUUUCAGUAUCCACGGGAUGGAGUUCAGGAAGGUCUCUGUAUGAGUAUCGUGAUAAAGAUAGCAGAUCAUGCCCUACACGAAGAUGCUUCUGCAUCACAUGCGUGGUGCUUCUGAUCCUGGGACUAAUUGCUACUGUUCUCACUGUAGGAAUAUUAUAUGGAAUACCAACAGGACUAGAUUCCUUUACUCGCCAGUGUAAAACAGCUUCAAACAAAACUGGCUUCCUCUGUGAUGACAGAGUUAUGUGUAUUGCUGCAUCAAAACUUUGUGAUGGGAAAGUGGACUGUGGAAAUGGAGAAGAUGAAGCUGCUCAAUACUGCGGAAAUUUGCCCAACAGCCUUCCAGAAAACCUAGUCUUCAAAUGUGCAAACAAAAGAUCUUGGACAUAUACUGAUAAGCUGUGUGACACUAGAAAUGACUGCGGGGACUGUUCAGAUGAAGCAGCUCUACGUUGUCCUGUUUGUUCUGGCUGGAGGUGCAACACAGUCUUCUUUGCUGAUUGCGAUUGCAUACCUAAAUCUCGUUGUCGUGAUAAUGUUCAGGACUGUACAGACUGGAGUGAUGAAAAAUCUUGCUGAAGGCAUAUUAAAUACUUUAUUUCUGGUUCUAAUUAAUGUGUAAUCUACCAAUAUCUAUUUCUUGGAGAUUGAUAUGUACAGAGAGAACUAUAGAUAUACAAAAUAUACACAAAAUUAGCGAAUAAAAUUGAUGCUUUAUUUUUUUAAA